AUGAACAACUACCAGAAGAACAAGGAGAGGAUCAAGAGGAUCAAGUUGGAGGGGCAGAAGAGGCGCGCCGAGACGGGGGAAACGCGCGAAACGGAGGAAGCACGCCAGACGAGGGAGAGACCCCCUAACUUGAAGAAGUACGCCCUGUGCGUUGGGUACGUGGGCAGCAGGUACCACGGGUGCCAGGGGCAGGGGAAGGACUGCAUGACCAUCGAAAACGAGAUCGAGAGGACCCUCAUAAAGAUGAACGCCGUGGGGGGAGGCGGCCGCAGAAAAAACUUCAACUUUUGCCAGUCGCGCUCCGCCAGGACGGACCUCGGCGUGCACGCCCUGUACAACGUGUUCGUCUACCAGGUGGACCUGAGCUGUGGUGGGGCGGUCGGCGGGGGAGCGAAUGGCGACGCGGAAGGUGUAGUCGCGGCAAACGCGGACGCCGCUUCCCGAGAGGUUGCCACCAACGAGGCUACCACCGACGAAGCAGCCGCCCAGAGUGCCACCACCAACGAAGCCACCCCCCACAGCGCCGCCCUAGCGGAACGCACAAAAAAGGAAAAAAAGUUUAGGCAGCUGCUGAACGAGCACCUGCCGGAAGACAUCCGCUGCUUUGACAUGCACAGAGUGACGAAGAGCUUCGACGCGAGGAAGUUCUGCUCCUUCCGAUUGUAUGAAUACCUCUUCCCCGUGUGCGUGUUGAGCGAGGUGGCUGUGCGGGAUGAGUACAGGGAUGUGUUUGGCGAGGCGCUGCAGGUGAUCGAGGGGCGCGUGGAGGAGCUGCGGAGGGGGAAGCGCAGAAGGGGGGGGCCCCAGAAGGGUGGAGGCGAAGCGGCUCAGCAAAGCGGUGGAGAUGUCGCGGCUGCGCAGAAGGGUGCGGAUGAAGUGGCAGAAGAGACGGGUGAAGAUGACGCUGCUCAGCAAAGCGGUGGAGAUGUCGCGGCUGCGCAGAAGGGUGCGGAUGAAGUGGCAGAAGAGACGGGUGAAGAUGACGCUGCUCAGCAAAGCGGUGGAGAUGUCGCGGCUGCGCAGAAGGGUGCGGAUGAAGUGGCAGAAGAGACGGGUGAAGAUGACGCUGCUCAGCAAAGCGGUGGAGAUGUCGCGGCUGCGCAGAAGGGUGCGGAUGAAGUGGCAGAAGAGACGGGUGAAGAUGACGCUGCUCAGCAAAGCGGUGGAGAUGACGCGGCUGAGCGGAAGGGUGAAGAUUACUCCACUAAACAAACCACCUCUGACGACGCGGCGAAAGGGGGCGGGUGGGACGACAUACUCACCGUGAAGGCGCGAAAGGAAGAGCUGACGGAGGAGGAGCUGAACGCCUUCUUCGAGAUCGUCCAGAGCUACGCAGGCUACCACAACUUCCACUGUUUCACCAAAAGCAAAGCAGAGCAGACGACCUUCCGAUUCAUUAAGUACCUAGAAGUCAGCACAGUCAACCUGCACGACCACAAUUUCGUGUCGGUGCAAAUUUUAGGACAAUCGUUUUUAAUGCACCAAAUUAGAAAGAUGCUGACCUUGUCUGUGGAGACGUUCCGAAAGGCUACGUGCGUUAACUCCAUUUAUUACUGCCUGAACGCGGGGGAGUAUGUGCCCAUUUCGCUGUUCCCCGCGGAGGGCUUGAUGCUCAUUUGCCCCUUCUUCAAUGCGUAUAACGAGAAGGUGUGUAACCCCCCGCAGAGCCCCCCUAUCUGCUUCGAGGAGAGCGAGGAGGUGCUGCGGUUCAAGCGGGACGUGGUCGCCAAGUGCAUCGUCGAGCAGAUGCGGAAGGACGUGUAA